AUUCUUGCAUUCUAUCCCAAGUCGAUUUUGUGGCAUUCAACUACACUGCAAUGGCGAAGCUUAAAGUUACUAACAUUGUUUUCUUUCUGUUAUUGGGCAUAGGAAUAUGUUCAGCUGCUAGAACCCUCCUCACUUAUGAUCAUGUAGGUGUUGGGGCUGAGGUAGGCGCCUAUGGUGCAGGCCAUGGCAUUGGUGGUGGCGCUGGUGGUGGUGUUGCUGGUGGAGGCUAUGCUGGUGGUGGUGGAGGAGGUUCCGGUGGAGGUGGUGGAUAUGGAGCUGCAGGUGACCAUGGUUAUGCCAGCGGAGGUGGCAGUGGAGGCGGAGCCGGUGGUGGUUCUGGCUAUGCAGCUGGAGGAGAGCAUGGUGCUGGAUAUGCUGGAGGAGGUGGUGGUGGAAGUGGAGCAGGAGGUGGCUAUGCUGGUGGAGGACACGAUGCUGGACAUGCAAGUGGUGGUGGUGAAGGUGGUGGUAGCGGAUAUGGUGCUGGAGGAGCACCUGGUGGUGGUUAUGGUGCUGGAGGUGGUGGAGGCAGUGGUGGCGGCGGAGCAGCUGCAGGUGGAGCACAUGGUGGUGGAUAUGCUGAAGGCGCAGGAGGAGGCAGUGGUGGCGGCUAUGGUGCUGGUGGGGCACCAGGAGGUGGAUAUGGUGGUGGAGGUGGGCAUGCAGGUGGUGGCGGUGGUGCUUAUGCUGGA